GCAUACAGCGACAAUCUCGUUCUUCCUGAAGCCUGCACUCCAAGGAAAUCUUCCACACUCUUGCUUGCCUAUAAAUUGUUCCUUCGUCCCCUUGCUGCUUUUUCAGAACAUAACAUCCGGAUCCCAGCAUCUACACACAAUCGCCAUGCGUUUCCAGAUCGCUUCCUCGCUAGCCAUUUUGGCUUCUGUCACGGCCGCAGCUGCCGUUGACACUGUUGAUAUCUAUCUGCCGCCCGACGCUGACCUUGCCAAUCUUGCAGGCAAAGUGGUUGGAACUACUGGUGGUAGCCUUACCACUCUUAUUCUGGGCUGUGCUUCAACGACCUCAUCUGUCAGCUCUGCUACUGCCACCUCUUCUGAUGCUGCUUCUGCUGAUGACGAUGAAACCUGCAACUUGCAAGAUGACACCUACACUCUCACAGUGGGUAGCUCCACCUAUGGCUUGGGGCUGUCCUACCGCGGAACUACAUUCUCCGAAGGCUGCACCCGCACUGGCACGACCUACCUGAGCUGCACUACCAGCGCCAGCGAUUCCGAUGGCCCAAGCACCUCCUCCGACGUCUACACCACCCCUCUAACCGCUGUUCCCGUCACCAUCACCGGCUAUGCCUCUGCCUCCGCCACCGGCUCCGCUUCCGCCUCAGGCACCGGCUCUGCCUCAAGCAAGUCCACCGACUCUUCUUCCGCUAAAUCUACUUCCGGUUCCAGCGCCUCCGGCUCCGGCUCCAGCACCGCUGCCGCUAGUGCCAGCAGCACCGACAACGGGGCCCUGCCCUUGGCCACUGGUAGCUGGGUUGCGGGAGGUGCCGCCAUGAUGCUGGCCUUGGCCAUGGCUUAGUCAACGGCUUCACUCUACUUUUCGGUCA